AUCAGCUGGCAAUGGUACAAGUGUCCAGUCAAAAUUGUUUACUUUAUUUCCAUAAUAAUUCCAAGCUGUACAUUGGUUGUGUGUAUUAUAUUUAUCAGUUUUUGAACAAUUGGGAGCAAAUUAUUUAUUGUAGAGAGAAAUUUACUUUAAAAUCUAACUAAAGAAUGACCGAUCUGAACGACUUCUUCGCUAGAAAAGACAAGAAAAAAUCUAAAGGUUUGAGAUUUGCUACAGUAAACGAAAUUGACAAAAAACUACAAGAAACUGAUAAGAAAAGAGAAAAAUUACAAAACAAGAACCAAGACAGUGAGUGGAAAGAAUUUGAGGACAAAAAGAAAGACUACACCGGCCUCAAGAUUCAAAACACAACGUUGAGUGAGCAAGUGGAAGAGAUAGAAGGUGACGUCAAUGUUUUGGAAGAAACUCCAUGUCCUUGGAAGAUAACUGCACCACUACAAGACACCCAUUUUGGGAAACCAGAGGAAAUUCAAAAUAAAGAAAAAGAAUCAGUUCAUAACAGUCCAGAGAAAUAUGUACCUCCUCAUUUGCGAAACAAGCAUUUACCAGGUACUACCAAGAGACAAAGACCAAGAACAGCUCAAGGUUUGGGUAAGGAAGCGAUAUUCCCGUCACUACAAGCAGCAUCAUCAGUUGAGGGUAGUAACCAGUGGGUGUGGGAACAGAUGAGGCUAGGAGAAAUUGUAAAUAGAGAACCUCAUUACGUCUACAAUAAUCCAAAUAGAAAUCACCCAAUGGCCAAUAAAUUUAAAGCAUUACGUGAUCAUGUUGAAUAAGUUAACCUACAAACAUUGUGUAGUACCAUCAUCAUAGAUUGCUGCCCCAUUUACAGUACAUAUUUUAUUGUUUUA